AGAGAUGGAACUAGGUAAAGUGUGUACCGUGGRAUUGUAAUUGAUGAAAGUAUCAAAAAGAAAACUAUCAAGGACAAAGUGCAAACUCAAAUCAUAGUACUUAUGGUACCAAAACUGAGGAUCCAACUGAGGACCAGAAACCAGGACAGUACCAUUGCCAGACCACAUUGGUACCUUUAUUCAGAUAGACCCAAASUGCCAGUAUUCAAUUCGUAUUUUUGAAGCUUGCUCAUCUUUAAAUUAAAAGAGAUGAAAAACAACUAAAAUGGAAUUGUAAAUGGGAAUAAAAUGUCAUUAAAAAGAAUCAACCAUAUUUCUAGGUCUGUUUCUCCUACRAAGUCGGACAGUAGGCCUUCAUCACCAGAUAAGUCCCCCGAGAAAACCAAAAGAUCAGCAUUGAGCCCAACACCAGGAGAACGUCCACAAACUAAGCGGARACCCAACUCAACCGAAAAACUCACUCAAAAUAAACGUGUGAAUUCCCCGUCAGAUUCUUUGGAACAAAAUAAAAAGUCUGCUCGUACACGACCAUUUUCGCCUUCCGCUGGUACUGACAAAUCACCACCAAAAAGACAAAGUAUUUCACCAGACAAGCUGUCCCCAGAUAAACUAACUGGAAAGAGGUCUUCAUCUACGCUUUCUCUUUCAUCUGAACGUCUUGGAAAGUCAUCCCUGUCACCAUCAUCAGCCGAAAAGAGACGGAAAAGUGUGGCAACAGGAUCCCGUGUCGGUGCAUCUGGCAAAACCAAAAAGAAGGUUUCUGUCAAAGACAAGGAAAUGAAGAGUGAAUCUUCAAGCAGUGAAUCUGAGAUAGAAGAUGGAGAGGAAACUAAAGUCGUGGAAUCAACUUUUAACGACGAAGUCAGUGCGAUCUUGGAAUGGUUAAGUAGUAUCGASAAAAGACUGACCUUAAUGGAACAGGAAUGGAUGGACGAUGACGAACAAAGCCAUCAGAAAAAUCUCCAAGUUUUUCGUCAAGAGCUCCAACGUCGUGAAUAUCACAUAACACGAAUUGUAACCCACAAGCAUUCUACCUUAACUGUACCSGAAGAGAAAGUCAAAAUCGUCGUCAACCAAUGGGAAGUGGUAAAAAGGAAAGUGAAAGUCUUAGAGGAACGGUUAUUUGAACUUCCGGCUGAGGGAGAGAAGAAGAAUGAGGGCAAGCUCAGUGGGUUGUUGCUAUGGUUGCACGAAGCUGAGGCACUUCUUGGUUGUCAUAAGACCGAAGAAGGGCGCGGCUAUGGUGUUCCUUCCAGGUUUCUUCUCAGACAGCACGAGUCAUUUUUCCAAAAUAUCGAGAACCAUCAGACCAGUCUUCAGGCRAUUGUUGAUAGUGGUCUUGAUGGCGGAAUCGUUGUCGACCAGCAGCUCGUUUCCAGUGUUCAGCAGCGAUUCCUUGCCGUUCAGCACCAGUCCCAUGUAAGAUCACUUCAACUUGCUUUUGAAACCUCCCAUUCGAGGAUGAUUUUUAUGAUGAAAACUGGACGAAAACAACUAGACGGUCUUCCUGCGAAAUUUUCAUCCAAGGACCAAGCAGAGAAAUGUUACCGAGAAUUUGUGUAUAUAUCAGCCUUUGUUGAAUGGUGUCAGUUUUUAGAAARUCAAGAAAAAGCAAAGAUUGAAGAUUCCUACAGGGACGUUGAGGCUUUAUGGGAGACUUACUCCGCCGAGUGUAGCAGUAAACUKAAGUUUCUCGAAGAUCUCACCAAGAAAUGGAGUACUUACGAUACKCUAUCGCAGAGUAUUGACCUAUGGAUGCAGGAAGCUGAAAGAUUGAUUGUGAAGAGCAAGUUGAGUGUGUGUAAGGAAUACCUCAAGAACAUCGAUAAAAUUCAAGCUGACGCUACAACACUUCAAGACAGUAGUAAAACCAUAAUGGACAAUUGCGUCUAUCGWGUGAAAAURGAAAUCACGCAAGCGUUACGUUCAAUAGAACGUCGGUUGAACCGAAUCGUUCGACGSCAYUCGAGGAUAAUGAAAUGCGAACGGAAAAACGCAAAGCUUGAACAGUUUGAAGAAAUGGUAGAUGARAUCAUGGAUUGGAUCUAUGACACAGAGUUUUUGUUGACUUACGUAGUAGAAAGUACUUAUAAUUCCGUGAAGGAYCGAGCUGAGCAGUUUGAGGUCGCACAGAAAGAGAUGGAAGAAUACGAACUGAACGUAAACUCGGUCAAUCACCUCACAAAGGGCAUCCUUAAAGACUUUAAAACCGACAUGACGUCGUCGAUUAAUGCAACUCUAUCGCACAUAAACAGACGAUUCGAAAAGAUCAAAUCGUCACUUCCUCACAAGCAUCGAAACUUGAAACAAAUCCUUCCUCAAAUGGAAGUGUUUGAAAGUGGCAUCGAAGAAGAAAUAACAUGGAGCAAACAAGCUUUAGAUGCUCUAGAAUCGUAUGAGAAUUUAUGUAAUACCGAUGAUGUUGCGAAAGAYAUUAGUCGUUACAAGGAUUUAUUUUCCGACGUUGAGCAGCACGAUCACUUCGUGGAUGUGAAAAAUCACCAGCACCAACAACUUCGCGCGUCGCUCAGUGAACUCGUGGAUACUAGUGAACUACAAACUAAGAUGAACAGUUUAAAUAGUCAAUGGAAACAAGUGCGGGAAGGUGUAGAACUGCAUCUCAGUAAUCUAGACGAGUGUCAAGAACUAUUGAAGGCUAACGAAGAAUGCUAUAAUAAGCUACAGGAGUACAUGAAUAACUUUGAUGAGCAACAGGUUUCAAUGCAAGCUCUGGAGGCCAAUCAAGAACUCUGCAAUACUUUACUCGAAACUACUAAUAAACUCAAGACAAUCAUUCCUAAUGAACAGUUUAAAAAUAGAUUAGGGAAUAAGACACAGGCCCUCGUUGAACAAUGGAAUGAGCUCUACAACCAAGAAAAGCAUAAGAUACUAGAUAAAGACAUACAGGAUGAAAAGGACAAAAUCGAAGAUGUCUUGAAGACGAUUUCCACCGAACUUAAUUCAAUUGAAGAGCAGUUCAGUAGCGAUGGAUAUAGCAAAGAAUUGUAUGAAAAAUGCAAGGACGUCUUAUCAAAUCCUGAUACACACAAUUCAAUGGAAGAAAACUUMAAGCAGUUGCAAGAAACUUUAGUGAAAAUACAAGAUACCUUUCCCGARGAAAACGUAGAUSACAUCAUUAAAAACCUCGACGUUAGAUGGAACGAAAUGAAAACCAAAUCUAAUGAGUUGAUUGCUAAAGUGGAAGAAACAGGAAAAGACUUCGAGGAGUAUGAUAAAAAUCUAGCCGAGUUGGUUAACUGGGCAGAGGAGUUACGWGUUGUUUUGGAUGGAUUAGGACAGGUUGACGAUUACGUUGAGUUUCAGAAUCUUGUUCACAGAUUUCAGAACGUCACAUCAGGUCUGGACGAUUAUUUGCAAAUGCUGUCAAACAUGCACGAAACUGCUGGACGACUUUACGAGAGAACACAAAACAAAGAAAUCGAAGAAGACGUACAAACWGUAACAGAACGUAUCGAGGCACUAGUCCCAAGUGUAUCAGAGACUAGUGGAAAACUAGGAGCCAUGCACAAAGCAUUCCAACAGCAGAAGACGGUGAAAGAACAUAUCGUCUUUCUUAGAGAAGUGAGAAGUCGUCUAGAAGUCGAGUUCUGCUUGGAUAGCAUUCAGGAUGUCGAGAAGGAGCUUGAAAACUUGAAGGAUAUUCUUGAAUCCCUCGAGACKCACGAAGAACCAAUUCAACAGUGUGUAUCUGAUAUCAGUGAUCUAUGUGAUGACCCAGAAGUCCUACCAUCCGUAAAGUCCGCUGUCAAAAUACUCGAAGCUUUAAGAAAUGAAGUUGCGCAAAGGUGUGAUAAAAGGGAAGAGGAACUCAACCAGGUAUUAGAACAAUGGAGGGAAUUCCUGUCUGGUAAAGAAUGUUUUAAAGAGACACUUGCCAUGGGUGAAGUAGAGCUGACAAGAAGAAAAACUUUGGUYCUUUCUGAUAUUGAAAUCAUAAACGCYGAAAUCGCUUCCUUGAAGGAAUUCAAAGAGGAACUCAAAACAAGAUUAAGUGAAUAUGACUUCAUGUUUGAAAUUGGCGAAAAGCUGAAGAUGAAGGCGAGCGUCGAAGGAGGGGAGAAAAUCGACGAGGAUUUGGCAUCAAUAGCGUCYUUAAGGAAYUCGCUUUUUGACGAGAUUCGAGGUCACCUUGGUCAUUUGAAUUCUGUUGCCAAACGAUGGCAUGGGAUCAAGGAACAAAUGCACGACUUUGUCGAGUACAUGGAUAGAGUUGACUCCAAACUUGAAAGGCGCAAGGAAAGCCGGAUAUCCCAAGAAUGGAUGAAUCAAGUGCAGGGCGUAUCAAGCGAYUUGCUGAAACGAAGACAAAGUUUCGCCGCAUUUACCGAGGAAGGACGACGUCUUUCAGAUGGCUUUGCUAAUGUAGGAUCCAUGCACUUCAAAGCCCAAUUAUGCAGCUUGAAAGAAAGAUGGAACGAGCUCUUCAGCAAGGCUGUUAUGUCUGAAAGUGCCGUUGAGCAAGGUUUGAAACCAAUCAACGAAUACCAGGAAGCCUUUGAAGAAUUCACCUCGAAGUUUGAAGAACUCGAAGAGAAGCUUCARGAGGAUCUUCCAAAGUUUUCUAAUGCUUUAGAAGUUUCUGAACAUAUAGAAAACGACAAGUUGUUAAUUGGCGAUCUUCGAGAACUUCGCGGACUACUAAACAACUUAAUCUGGAAGGGAUCCAACCUGGCAGCGAGUGUUCGCCUCAAAGAUCUCGACAUCAAAGGUACRCUAAAGCAGCUCGAGGAAAAAUGGCAAGAUGCCGUAAGUAGUGCAGAGAAAAGACUCGAAGAACUUGAAAGUUUACGGCUUGACUGGAUUGAGCGUGAUCAAGUUUUGGAUAACAUGGAGUUCUUGGUAAAGGAAGCUGAGAGUCAAAUGAACAACGAGAAAACAUUGACUGUCAGAGAUGAAGGAUACGUGAGAGAAGCGUUGGAAUACUAUGAAGGRUUUCARAARUCCAUCGAAAAUCAUGGAAAACAGAUCGAAGAUGCCGUGUCYAGCUACCUUGAAUUYAUGGAAACAGAUAAUGGCAAGUACAUUCAUCAAGACAGUGUCGAGCYAAAAUGCGACAGUUUGAAGAAGAAAUGGAGCUCACUAAAUAYCAGUAUCCCUGGUCGCAUGGAAUCAUUGAAGGAAGAACUCCAGUCUUGGAGCAGGUUUUACUGUGAGCUGGAGGAGUUUGUGACAUGGCUCAAAGAAAUGGAAGCCUUAACUCAUCACGAGAAGCCACGAGAUGAAAAGGAUGCCAAAAAACAGCUAAAAGAUCUUGAGGAGUUCCAGGCUGCUUUUAGAAAACGCCAGAGCUCAUUCGAAGCGCUUAUCAACGAAGGAAGAGAAGUUCGAUUACAUUCAAGCCAAGGAGAAGCAGCGGAUUCUCUGAAUGAGAAACUGACAAACCUUACAGAACGCUGGGACGAAAUGCUUCGCUGGGCAGCGGGAAGAUAUCAACUACUUGUURUAUCGCGACAUUAUUUAGACUCAUCUAAACAAGUUGUUCUGUACCUGAAUAAGAUCGAAGAAAAGAUUAGUACGGCCAAAGACAUCCCACCCGCCGUAUUGGAAAAGAUCAAAGAAGAGUCUGAAAAAGCGAAGGCAAAAGUGGCCAAAUGGAACGAACAGUGUCUGGACCUGGACGUCAUUGUCAAAGAAGGACAUCUGAUGGUYCAYCAACAAUCUUCUGGUAAAGCAAUGGCUUURGAYGAGCAGCUUGGAAAUCUGAACUGCGAAUGGAAAACAGUCAUCCAUGAAAUUGAAGAGAAAAAGCAUUCUAUCGAGAAAACUGCCAAAAAAUGGUGGGAAUUCACUCGAAACAAGAUGAAGAUGAUGCGCUGGCUCAAAAAGAAGGAAAAUGAUGCUGAUUUUCGAAUAAGUUUCGAUAAUGCAAAAGAGCAAAUGAACACUUACCAGAAUAUUCUUGAUCGCCUGAAUGCUCACAAGCUUGAUCUCGAAGCCUUAAGUAAAGCAGCCGAAGACAUGAAAGACGACGAUGAAGGUGGUUUGGCCAUGAAAGAAAUCAAGGAACUCAUCGAGAAGUUUGAAAACCUCCAAAAGGGCAUCAACGAGAAGAAAGAGUAUUUCAAACGGGUUUCAGACAAGUGGACGAGCUUCUCGAAUCAGAAACAUAAAAUGAACUCCUUCUUCAACAACACCCAGAACAUUGUUGCACGUCGGCGAAUCCGAACAGCAGAUGACUGUAAAAAACAAAUUGAAGAAUGCAUGAACCUUAAUAAAAACAUGGAAGAGACCGAGAGCGUCAUGGAUAACGUAAAUCAGGAGGCAUCCAUGUUGUUAGAAGACCUGAAACAAAUAGAAGGGUUUGAUGUUAAAACCAUGGAAGAUGAUCUACGUAAGGUCAACAAGCAAUUCAAAGAAACUCGUCUCCAGGUCGACAAUAAACAAAAAGCAUUAGAACAAGUUGCUGCACAACUGGAAGAUCUUGAGAAAAACAAAGACGAAAUGCACCGACUCUUCCACGAUGUUAAAAGAGAAUUAUCUGUUUCUGACGAUGAAUUAGAAGAAGAGCCUGUGGUUGUGAUACGGAGAGAAAAACUUAAGGGUAAAGUUGCUUCUCAAGAAGACCGCGUUAAACGGCUAAGCUGGCAGGCAGUCCAACUGAUGGAAAACUUUGCUGACGAUAUCGAUGUCGACAUGAGCGAAAGUUUUCAGCCAUUUUUGAGAGAGUGGAAAAGUGUGCAGGAGCUGGCAGGGCUUCCCGUUACGGACGAUGACCCUACAUUAAUAGCGAAACUUGAACGAAAAACSUCCGUCUCAAUCCCAAAUGUCGAUAGAACAAGGUUGGAUCUUGGUAAUCUUAAACAAAAACGUGCUAAGUCAGUCGGAAGUGACAUUUCAACGUCUGAUCUUGGACGUCGCCGUCUAAGAAGUGAAAGAUCUAUGGAAACGUUGUGGAGUUCUCAGAGCACGUUUUCAAUCAACAUCGAUCCAGAAUUUGAGCAGAGUAGCUCCAGUCUCAAUAUUGGCAGCUGUGAUGUAUUUUUAGAUGCAGGAGGAGAAGGUCCCGAGGAACAACGUGAACGACACGACACAUUAUCCAACGUACAAAAUGGMGAAAAAGGUGAAGAUGAAUUAACUGAAAGUAUGGAAACUGUUACUGCAGAUAAUGAAGACGCGUCGAGACCCGAUAAAACUGAAGACGAGGUUAAAUUACUAAUGAAUGAUAUACUGGAAAGGAUAAGUAAUACUUGUAAGGAGUUAUCAUUGUGUGUUUACGAUCCRGAAGAUACUGAGGAGGAAGUCGAAAGAAAACUGGAAGUUUGCAAGUCGCUUCAUACCAACUUGCAAGAGCAGAAAAUCGAGCUUGACAAUCUCUCUGAAGAUAUACAAAAAUCUCAGCUUGAUCUCCCCCAAGUGCAAUCUUCUAUGYAUGAGGCUGCUUCCAAAUUAUCAGAAGGACUUGGCAUGGCUCCUGAUACUUUCUCAGAGCUCCAAUGUGUAAUCGAUCAAUUCGGCGAGUACAACUCGAGUGUCCAGGAAUGGGGUGCGUGGAUUGAGCCAGCACAAGCUACUUUAGAAGAGUGUCAAGGCAUGUGGCGUAACCAAGCUCACCUUGAGGAUAUUAACCAAAAAUUACAGAUCCUAGUUGAUGAAAUGGACAAGAAUGACCAAUUGAURGGGGAAGUGUAUAACAAGGGAGAUAUUCUGCUACAACUUAUCGCUGGUGAGUCUAAAUCCACUCUUGAAAGUCAGUUAAACGACCUUGAGGAAGAGUGGGCUGACUUUUGUCAGAACACCAUCUCUGUCAAGACUGAAGUUGAAGAUACSUUGACGCAGUGGACAGAGUACAACGACAACAGAACCAAGCUAACGGAGUGGCUUGCAGAUGUACAAAACGCUCAUCAAAAGUACGGAAAUGCUUCUCCUGACCAAGAGAUCUUGAAAGAAGAACUCGAGAGGAACAAAAAACUCAAGCAAGACAUGGGAAUUCAAGAGCUCAUCCUUGACUUUAUAAACGUAAAGGGCCAGGAAAUCAGCUCCAAAAUCGAGGAAAAUGAGGCAUUUGAGCCUGAGCUCCAAGAAAUUAACGAUCAAUGGAAUAGUGUCAAAGAGAUGGUCUCUCAGAGAAGCCGUUUUCUAAAGGAGGUUCUUUCAGAUUUAUCGGAAUUCGAGGAUUGUAUUAAUCAAUUGGGUGACUUUAUGACUCAUACGGAAGUMUGCUUGAAUGAAAGUGAAGRAAAAAGAGAACCUGGAUACAAUGGUUUGAAGAAUCAGCUUGCAAAAUUGAAGGCCCUUGCGAACAGUUUUGAAGGAAAUGUGUCAAGUUUGGAAGACGUUCUUCAGAAGGGUUCAAAGCUACGCGAAAGAUGUAACAGUGAGGGGCGAAUAACAAUAGAUGGUAAACUUAAAACAAUGCAGCGACAGUGGUCAGAUCUCACUGGAAAAAUUUCAAAUAAACGAGACGAASUCAAUGGUGAAAUAGGCGAAUGGUCACAGUUUAGUGAGGAUCUUGAUAGAAGACUGACAGAGCUAAGGAGCUAUGAGAUAUCGCUUGGCACGCAAAUUACAGUUUCAGAUCUGAAGGCUAUGGAAAAAGAGCUUGCAGAUGUGAAGGUUUUAUUUGAAGACUUGGAAAACAUUCAACCAUCUUUGGAAAGUCUUAAAACAAGAGGGAAAGAAAUGCUUAAUAGUCUAGUUCCUGAAGAAGAAAAAGAGUAUGUCAAGAACCAACUCGAUACUUUAAGCGAGCUACAACAAAAUGUGAUACGAAAUGCUGUYACUAAACAAGAAGAGCUUAUGCGUAAGAUACUACAACAACAAGACUUUGACACACAAAUCCAAAGCUGCAUGCAUGUUGUUAAAGAGGUGGAGUCUUCCCUAUCGACUGAACUAGAGAUUGAAGCUGACUUAUGGGCAAUGAAGGAAAAGCUCUCCCACUUUGAGGCAUUGUUUGGGGAGCUACAAAGUCAAAAAGAUUUUAUUAACAAUCUCAGUGAAGUUGCGAAAUCCAUUGUCCACGAAGAACCUUCAAAGCGCAGAGAGACAAUGGAAAAGCUGAAAAGUAUUGCCGAACUUUGGAAAAAAGUAAACAAAAUCGCUAUUGAUAAGAAAGAAGAUAUCUUGAAGUCCAUCAAAGAACAAGAAGAAUUUCAAGAAGACUUUACAGCUUGCAUGAAUGAGCUUAAAGGAGUUUCUGAAAGUCUCUCUGACGAAACAGACCUGGAACAACUUGGGAAGAAAGUUGAAAUGGUCCUUCAUUCAGGCCAGAACAUUCUUGGUCAAGCUACAGAUGCUCAAAAGCCUAUUUUAACUGAGAAAAUUCAGUCUUUACGUGACAGUUGGUCUGGAGUGCAACAGCUUAAACAACGCGCAUCGGAAGUCAAGGUGCAAAUACAUGUGACCGAAGAGAAAGCUAAAGAACUCAGGAAACAAAGUGAAGUGUAUUCAAUGGAGCUGAAUGAAUUCAACAAAUGGCUUGAUAACGCCGAGGCAGUCUUAACAACCGAUAUGUACACUGUUCCCGAGGACAAYCAGAUGGAUGAAAUCCACAGGCAUGAACAACUUUACACCCAGUUGCAGCAAAAUACUCUGGUUGUCAACGAUUUGAUGGAGAAAGGUCGCAGGAUAUCAAGUAAUGUUCCUGAUGGUGAGCGGGAGCAAAUCAGAAAUGACCUAGAAUCACUGUCGGUGCGUUGGACAAACAUCAAGAAAUUAUCCGAUGCCUACGGAUCUCAAAUGGAAAAUUGCAUUGCAGAGCAAGCAUCCUAUUACCAUGAGCUUGAGAAAUGCGUUGAGUGGAUGCAGGAAGCCGGUGCUGCAAUAGCUUUGUACGGACCAGACACCAAUGAUGAAGAAGGUAUUCGGAAAGAACUUCAGAGUCACUUGGAUCUAUGCAGCGAAAUAAAAAAUCACCAAGCUUCCAUUUUAUCAGUUCUUGAGAAAGGGAAUCAACUUGUUCGUAAAUUACCACCAGGAGAGAGUAAUGUUGUUAAAGAGCAGUUGACUAGACUUGAAGAAGAAUGGAUUAAACUCCAAGAACAAGCAAACGAGAAGAAAAAGGAACUGAAGGAAUGCCUAGGUGAGACGGAAGAAGACUCAAGUGAACCCGSCCUGGAUACGGACAAAAUAAAGAGUGAUUUGACUAAUCGUUUAUUCUGGAUUAAAAGUGUUAUGAAAAGCGCUGAAGAUGGAAAAAAUAACAAUGCACGAACCGCGGUGAAUUCUGAUAGAGAUGAUAURGAAGCGCUMAUCAWCAARGCCGAAGAAGCCUAUGACAAAUUGAGUGGGUCUGAGAGGGACUCGUUGYSAGAAGAACUAGCUAAGGUAAAGAGGGACUGGUUAGCUCUCACGAGUUUAGUUGAAGGUCGAAAACGACGACAUGGGAGACAAGGAAGUGAAUUUGAAAGRAAGAAGAUGAUGUUCGAUAUGCAGUUUACUCAACUUCAYAAGCACCUUAACGAGCUGCAGUCAGAACCCGUUCAACAGCUAUCAUCACUCGAAACCAAACACUUAGAAGAAGUGAGUUUAGACAUUGCUAAAGUCAAAAAGGAGCUUGAAGAAGGAAGGGAAAAGCUCGAAAAACUCGUGGAAAUAAAUGGCGAACUAAAUGUACURGAGGAGGGCGAGGACCUGAAGGACACAACUAUCGAAACCAACGAGGCUCUUCUUAAUGAUCUAYGAAAACAACUAGAUGAUCUCAUAUCGUUAUAUGACUCUAAACAACAUGAGGUUGAUAUAGUUUGUCAGCUGGACAAUGACCUAAAUACUUUAGAUUCACAAAUUAGUUCAACAAAGGACCAAUUCAAAGAAAUAACUUCAGCAGAUGAUGAACCUGAAAAGGAAAUACUAAAURUGGAGGCACUUUUAAGAGAAGUAGAGCUCUUGGAAAGCAAACUAGCAAGCAUUGAUAGUAGCAACAAGAAAUAUUUCGAGGAGCUUGMAGAUGUAGGUCAUUCCCUUUCCUCUAGAAACUUUGAUAUAUUUGAAAAGAUKCAAAAACUCAAAUCYGAAAUCAAUGUUGCRAUAGACGAGUGCCGYAAUUCAAUGUCGGAAAYUGCAGUUUUAGAUGAAGAACUUAAUCGUUGUCGUGAUCUCAUAAAUCACACUGAAGCUGAGGCAYAGAAAGAGAUCCUGGAAAUUGAGAUCCCUGUGGUUGAGCAGCAAGUAGAGCAAUUGCAAGGAGCGUUAGUGUCAUCAGAAAACGCUGCGUUAUCUCUUUUCCAAAAGAGCGCACCUAUGCUUGAAAAACUGAAGCCCAGUCAAAAGAGAGUCAAACAAGAACAACUAAAUCAGCUUCAAAUGGCUUUGGAGGAUGUCAAAGAAAAAGUUAGGGCAAAUACGGAGACUUUUCAAACGAAAGUUAAGGGAAAUGAAGAGUAUGUAAAGCAGUACAAUGAAAGUGCCGAAUGGCUGGAAAAUAAGGAAAAAGAUCUCGCAUCCAUUCUUCAAGACGACACCAAUGUUUCCUUGAAUGAAAAGCUUACCAGUCUGAAGGAAAUUUCUAAUAUACUAAACGAUGCAGAAUCGCCGUUAAACGUAUUAGUAAAAGAGGCUCCAAAUCUAAUGAAUGCUUUGUCUAACACCGAGAAGGAGAAAAUGAGGUCUGAGAUCAACGAACUUUGUGAGAGAUCGAAGAAAAUGAAAGAAGAUAUCGAGACUGAAGUUGAAGCAGUAAAUACCACGUCYAACGAGCUUUCAGCUUUGGGUGACAAACUUGGAGAAAUGAGUGAGUGGCUGCAGGCAAAGAAGYUUCAGUCAAAAAGGAUUAUGAGUGAAGUGAACCAKGAUUCUCUAUCGCAGUCUUUGCAGGAAAUUCGAAAAAUUGAAUCGGAAGUUCUGUCCAGACAAGAAGAUCUGAAUAAUGUCAUGAUUYAUMGUAAAACUGACGAGACACUAAAGGCUCGAUUGUCAUCUUUAAAAGAUUCAUUCYAAAGUGCCAAAAGAAGUUUAAAAGAAAGGUGUAACUUUUUAGAAGAGCAAAAUGAUGCAAUUAGUGCGUUCAACGAUCAGAUAUCUCAGUGUAGACUUGUUGUCUCGAAACUUGAACAACUWAGCAAUGAUGAGAUACCCGUGUUUGAGAAUGUGGAAGAGCUUCAACAAUAUCUUGACGAAAGGAUUAAGAAUUUUAGUGACAUUGUGCAACAGGGGGAUUGCAUUGCAAAUGUUGAGGUGACUAAAGCAGCGAUCGAUACCUCAGGAAUGAAAGUAUUGAAAGAGUAUGCUCAAGACCAACAACAAGAAGUGAUUGAAAAAUGGGAAUCCCUUCAAGUGCAGUUCACAGAAAAAAUUCUGGAGAUACGAACUAAUUUAGCUACUCAACAAGAGCUGAGCAGUAGCUUUAGUGAAGUUUCCUCGUGGAUCGAAAGCACCGAAGAAGAAUUGUCAUCCAUGAAGCAAGGCGUGGAUAAAGUAGAGGACAUGUCAGACUCUUUGAACAAGCUCCAGUCGUUAAAUAAGGAAACACUCUCGUACGAAAACUUUGUUGAAUCURUGAAGAACAAGGUGGGAGCGAAUGCUGUKGACUUAAACAGCAGCUUCAAAGAAAGCAAUGAGAAUGAGAUCACCAAAUUGCAUGAUAGAAUAUCUAGUCUUCAAGACGAAAUUUCAUCCAAGCUUAAUGAGGUGAACGAUUGUUUGAAAUCUGUGCAAGAGGCUACAAAUCACGUUAAUGAGUGCAAGGAGUGGCUUCACAUCAAGAGGGAYUUACUUGAAGAUGAUCUACCAGAAUUACUCAAUGAGGAAGAUGCUAGAAAAACACUCGAUCAGUGUAAGYAUAUGAARUCUGAAAUGUCCAGUUUGAUAAACAAGUUAAGCCAAGCCAAGGAGCAAAUGAWGAAAGAGUUUGAGACRGUCUCGCCUGRCCUUCGUGAAUCUCUAAUGGGCGACCUCGAAAACAUGAGCGCAAGCUUACUGGACCUUGAAAAUCAACUUAGUAUUCGCACUUCUGAAAUAGAAGGACGRAUUCUUAGAAARAGAGAAAUAGAUCAUUCGCURUCUGUUUUGGAGCAGUGGCUAGAUGAAUCAGAGCAAUACUGCAGUGAUAGMCUAAAGGAACCCCCGGCCAUUGUUUUAGAGAAAUGCAUAGUUGUACAACAAGAAGCACCCCUUAAAGAAAGCGAGCUYCAAMUUUUAGAGGAAGGCGAAUCGCUYUAUSAACAGCAAAUUUCUAAAAUAGGUGACUUGCAGAAAAGGCUCACUGAGUUAUCGGUUUGCCUUCCGAAGAUAKUAGAAAGCUGRCACGAAGAAGUAGAAGAACUCAACAAACAGCACCAGAAGUUAGAUUCUUGCMCUCAAUGGGUCGAUGAGACUACGGAGCUACUAAACUGUGAGAUUCCCUUUGAUUUCGAAGAAAACCCGGACGCUGUGGAAGACGACCAYGCGAAAAAGCUCAGAAAUAUAAGAGCRGAACUGCCCAUGUACGAGGARAUGAUCAACAGUGUUUUGAGUUCAGAAKAUUUUCUUCAAGGCUUGAAAAAAGACAGRGAGAKCUCAGCCAAACURGCAAAUGUUCAAGCACAAAUCCAAAAGACAAAAGAAAACGUUGCCAAAAYCGAAGAAAGGUUAACUAGGRUCAAGAAAGAUAGAACAGAGUAUUCRGARCAACUUCAAAAAUGUCAAAGSCUACUUAARCAAGCGAAGWYCACAGAUAACAUCARAUUUUCUUUGACGCCUAGUCUUGCUGAAUCCAAUCUUYAYGAACAACGACGUCUUGUCAAAAAUAUUCGCGAAAUGGAGUCUGAGGUGGAAGUUCUCGAACAGGCAAAGCGAAGGAUYUAUGAGGAUCACUGUCCUUCUCAAAACGAUASAACAGYUGCACAAGUGAGUUCCUUAAGAGAUGAAUGGCGUAACACCAAAACAGACGCCUUACAAAAGCAGGAUCAACUAGAAAUAUGGUAUAAUCAAGUCAAGGAGAUAGCGGACAAGGUUAAAGAUUGUAACGCCAAAAUCGAUGCUGUGGCUGAUGCUAGUUAUGACGAUAGUGAUGACAAGGAUUUAGCUUCAACUAAUCAAGRUUUAGGAAGUCUGAAUAGUGCAUUAAUCCAGUUAGAAAACGCCAAUACCAUUCUCGAAUCUUUGAACGAGGCUAAGGAAAGUUUAAUGACCCGAUUGAGUAAAGAUGAACAAAGUGCUUAUUGRGAUAAGUUAKAAGAACUYGAGUCCCGRUAUCAAAGUGUCAAUGARAGGGUCAGAGAUCAAAUAGCAAAGGCAGAAGGCAGAGUUCAKGAUUUUGUGAAGUUCAACGAYGAUUCAGCAUAUUGUGAAAGUAUGCUAACUAUCUACAAAGAAGCUGUGCCUGCAAACCUUACCUGCACGGUUGAGACCCUUGAUGAUCAAAUCGAGAAGCUAAAGCGACUAGAAGCUGAUAUGGACGAACGAGAGAGUCACAUGAUUGCCUUCAAAGAACACGCAAGCAAACUAGCCAACGAUGAAGUUGACAGCGACGAGUCCCAGCCAUCAAGGCGCGCCAAUCAGUUACUUGAUGAAUGGACYACACUAAGAGAACAAUUAAAUGUCAAACGCAAGGAGUUAGAUCGUCUUUCAGAGGCAACCAGRGUUUUUCAGCAGGAAUAUGUAGAAUGCGUAUCACAUCUGGAAGCUUUAGAAGACURUCUUGAAGACGACCUGCAUGGAACAGUGAGUGACAGAAUGAAUCACAUCAAAGAGAUACUUUCUAAGUUUGAAAGUUAUGAAGACGAUCUUAAUGRUCUUUCUGAUCAYUGUCGUGUAACUCCGGCAGUUGCGUACGAACAAGAGGGRGARCCAUCCACAAAGCUWAAUAUUCUCAAGAAUCGAUGGCAGUCGUCAAAAGAUAAGAUUARGGAAAGAUUAGGUAUUCUUGAAAAGGAGAAAUUAGAAAYYGAAAACAUCGGCAAAGAAAUGGAAAAUAUUGAAAAUUGGAUAAACCAGACUCAGUUAUCAAAUAAAGCUGCUCCUGUUUUUGAUACUGGAGAGGACCCUUUUGAAACAGCGCUUCUAGAAGCAAUGUCUUUAGAGUGUGCACUUGAUGAAAAAGCGCUGGAAAUCGAUCGCCUUCAGGUAAAAGUUAAUGAAAUGAAAGAUGYUGACUCUCAAAAGAAAAGUGAUCUAGAAACCUUAAGGAGUCUUUCAAAGAAGCUUGACGAAGAGAGAYCUGCUACCAAAAAGAAAAUAGAAGAUGUCCAUGAUCACAUACAACAAUUUAAUCAAGCAGAGGAAGACAUUGAAAAAUGCAGGUUUAUCAUCGAUGAUACUAACAAUUCAUUAAGUACCGAUGUGAUGAUCGAWGAUGAGGGAUUGAUGAACGAGAACAUCGAAAGUUUUCAACAGAAUUUAACUAAGCUUGAAUCAUGGAGUACCCACUUYCAGUCAACGACAAAUGCAAUAGAACACGUGAAAGAACUUUGUGGCAUUUCUGACGAGCUUAGUAUUGAAAACGACUUGAAGWGGAUACAAAUCCAAGGGAAUAAUGCGCAAGUGGUWCUUAAAGAGAAAAUACACCAGCUCGAGAAMAUWUCKGKRUUUGAGYCACAAUGUAAGGAACAUUUAGCAUUUUGCCAAGAAAUGCGCUCUGAGCUACUAUCCAGGGAAAAAUCAGACACAAAUURUAAUUUAGCAACUGCYAAAGAUCGCCUGGAGCAUUGCCAUAGUGUGGGACUCAAGGUAGACGAAACGGAGAAGAGUUAUCUUGACAUUUUGUCCAAAGGGAAAGAAUUCCUUCCCGAGCUCCCUACAGAAAGCAAGUUGCUUAUCCAAGAGAGAAUUGCAAAAGUAGAAAGUAUYAGAAAUYGCUUAAAACAUYCACUUACAGCUGAAUGUCAAGAUCUCCAAGCAACGAUUGCUAGAGAUCAAUCAAUUGAUGAGUGGAUGGACGACACUAAUGCACUUAUUGAAAGCUGUCCAGAUCUUACGAUGGAAAACCCAUCACAUACUUCAAAGACUAAUAAAUCUUCAUUAACCUCAAAGAUCGGCGAACUCCAAGUAGUGAUAGCAAAAUUAAUCGAUCAGCAGGCUGUUGGUAAAAAUCUUCUUCAAGCUGCUACUUCGCCGUCAGUUUCCAAGGCCAUCGGAGACAUGAGUCGCAUGCAAAGUCAGUUGGUUGAAGCUGAGCAAAAGCUCAAGCAAAUGCAGGAGUUUUACAAUAAUYUUGAUGAAAUGAAGGAAUCUUUAGGAGGACAUCUUGACGAGGCUGAAAAAUUGGAGUCAUCACCAAGUACGCUUGAAGAAGCAAAGAUUCAAAUUGCUACUAUAAAGAAGAAACAACGGGACAUAAUCGUGAUAUUAGUUGCAAUUUUGUAUAUUGAGUGCGUGGAGACGUUUCGCCCCUCCAAAACAACUGGCCUGAAGUAUGUCAUGAUCGCCUUUUUGCAGCUCUUCCACUUUCUCUACAAGAAAAGUAUGGAUGUUGUUAUAUUGCUAACGUGUAUAUUGUGUUUAUUAAUUCUAUACGGAUUAGUUUUUGAUCAUUUUUUAUUUUUGAAAACACUUCAAGUCGGUGAGCCUAAUAACGUCGAAGAAGAAAGUCCAGAUAACAGCGACUCUGAGGACGUGUUGAAAACCCUUCAAGAKGACAACACAAAUCUAAAUGAAGCUAGUCAAKAACUCCUGUCUUGCUUACCAGACGACGAAAAAGACGAGUUUCAAGGAGAGCUUUCAGRGUUGAAUCAGCGAUGGCUUGAGUCAAAAGAGAAAUUAAUUGCAAAAUGUGAAGAGKUCGAAAACAGUGCUUCCCUGAGCCAGCAAUAUCAGGAUGAUGUCCAGCGGGCUCAAGAUAAAGCACUGGAAAUCGACGAGCUUGUUUUCAAGUUAAGUAAGGCAGAAUGUGAAGAUAUGGAUGAAUUUCGCGAACAAUAUCAGCGUUUAGACGACCAACUCAAAAUCUUCACAUCUUUGAUGGAGGCGGUCGAGGGCAACAAACCACCACUGUUUACGGUCUCUGAUGAGCCUACAUUGAGCAUACAGAGCUCAUACGAUGCCGGGGUCGCCGCUAAAGACAACCUACAUAAGACACUGUCAUUUCACACCCAGUAUCAACAAGCCUUGAGUGAAAUAAAGCCGUUUUUAGCGAAUGUUGAAGAUCAGUUGAAUGAGAACAGUCCAAGAACGAAUGCCGAGGAAAAGGUCUCGCGACUSAAGGAGAUCCAAGAUGAAUUCCAAAAUAAACUGCCAAUUAUUGAGUCUGCUUUCGAUAAGGGCAAAUUACUAAUAAUGAUGGAGUCCAACUCUCAAGACAACAAAGUUGAAGUUGCAUCGGAAGUGGAGUCCCUUAAAGAGAAGUGGGAUACCCUUCGAGAAAGAAUUGCUAGCACCAUUCAACAAUUAGAAACGAAAUGCGAGCAGGUUGAACAGCUUGAGACAGAAAUUCAGGGUGUUUCAGAGAAACUGAAUGAAUUACAAAGCUCGACCGAGGACAUGAAAUCAAUUAGUCUGGUAAAUGGAAAAGUGGAGAAUCUUCGGGAGAGUUACGAGAUGCUAAGCACGGAGGUCUCGUCGUUACACGGGUCUGUAGAUAAUCUUAACACUCGCUGUCAGGAAAUACUCAGUAGUUCACCGGUAAAGGAACGCGAGAUUCUUGAGAAACAACUCAGCAAUUUACUGCAACGUUGCGACAAUCUCGAAGGCGAAGUUGCAGAAAAACAGGAAGAAUUCGAAGAUACUCUCUGGAAAUGGCAGGAAUACCAAGCUGAGAUCGAAUCAUGUUGUCAAAACCUCGUGAUGAUGGAUAAAUCGAUAGAUCUUUACGUCUCUCAUGGUCGCAUUGAUGAACUUCAAAGCUCUCACAUGAUGUUAAGAGAUAACCUAGAGCUACAAGAGGCUAUAUUGAGUGCGGUUAAAGCCAAGUCCAGACAUAUCAUUAACUUGGUGCCCGCUGAGGACAAGGAAACGAUUAGUAAACGGCUACAGGAAUUAGAUAUAGAGUUCUUAAGGGUUCGCGAUAGGCUCUUCCAACGAAAACAGGAAUUAGUUAAAAUCUCAAUUGAAUGGCAUGAAUUUGAGAAUGGUCUGGAAGCCGCUUCUGAUUGGCUAUCCAAUCGAGAGAAUGUGAUACGAGAAAUGUGUCGGGCGAGCAGCGACGACAUCGAAAUCGUUAAAUUUAAGGAGCUUAGCGAUGAAGUCGAUGUCAAAGUGACCGACUUUGAAAGUGUUCGCAAUCAAGGGUAUCGUCUUGCUGAUUUACUGGAAGAUUUGGAAGAAGGACAGAGAUUAAAGGAUGAAAUAAAUUCAAUACAGGACAAUCUCGAUCGAAUUCAAUCACUUGUUACACAGAGGGAGAAAGAAGUCGGUGACCGUUACUAUAAGACAGCAGAGUUCGAGGUCGCCUUACAAGAUGCGAAAGAAAGAGUCGACGAUUACAAGGAGAGGAUGGAAAAGGUCAAAUCUAAAGAUUGCAUCGAUUUGCAUGAAAAAAUCCAGGAUUUAAUACUUGAUUUGCCGUUCAUUAGAAGUCUGAUAGCGGACCUUAAAGCCCGUCAAGGAAGUCUAACAGGACUUUGUAAUGAUUUUGAGUUGAAGCGAAUACAGCAAAACAUUCAAGAGCUUAGCGAGGAUUUAGAAAGUCUACAGAAAGACGACUUGUUUGCUACUAAUAAUUUCAAUGUCGAUGAGUUAUGUCUGGGCCAAGAAGAGUUUGUUCCAUCAACAGUUGUAAACGAACCUGCAAUUCAUCUGAAAAACGUCGAUAAAACGAUCAAUGGUCAUCCUGAGUACGGUGAAAACGACUCGGACUUAGACAAUUCAGAGAGUGGAGUCUCGUCAAUGGAAUCGCUUGAAAGUCUUCUAAAAAAAUCGGAAUCUCAUGAAGGGGAAAUUUCUAGUGAACCACAGAGUGGUAACGGAGAAAAAGCCGAGCAGAGCAUUAGUCCUAGGGACAGCGAACUAUUGAAUCAAGAGUCUGCUGUUUCUGUUACACCUACAAAUGAAAACGGGAGUAAAGAUAAUUCUCAAAUGGGAGUUCCAGUUCUUAUUUUAACUGACGAAAACGGCGUUGUUUAUAGCGAUGAAACAGACGGCAGCAGGCCUGCAGAGGAUCAACCACUGACCUCAAAUAAUGACAGCUCGUGUAAGAAUGCUCCAGAUGGUGAUAACGAGACUCAAGAAAAUGUCGACAAUGAAAAUGAUAGUGAAAUUACGGAUGAAAUAGAAAAUAAUGACAAUUAUGAUGAAGCUGUUGAGGAAUUGCGGCAUUCAUCAACAGAGGAAAAACAGCCAGAUUCGGCUAUCGAAAAAGUGACUGCUAAUCCAAACGACUCACAAAAUAAUAUUCCUAGUUCUAUAUCAUUAAAUUCGUCAACUCGUAAACUAGACGAGCAAGAACCUUUAGACUCUUCGGGAAACCACGAACAUAGCACGAACGAAGCUCAGGUGUCAUCAGAAUUACCGACAAGUGACGAUAAAAUAUCGAUUGAAAGUAGUAGUCAUAAAUCUAUUAUCAACUCAACUUCGGCGCCAAUUCAAGAAAAGGAAAAUCAUGAACUAGGGUCUUCGUAUUUGGACAGCGAUGCCAAUUUAGAACUGGAUAAAUCUAACACAAAAGUUUCUUCGUCCGACUUGGUUGGGGAAAGUUUAGUUAAUUCAAGUCAACUUCCUUUAAAACAAGAGCAUAUUAAUGACGAUACAUCAAAUGUAGGUUAUUUAGAUCUUGGUGAGAAAAAUCACGAAAGGACGACCUCUGCAAACUCGCAAGUGUCCAUGGACGUGCAAUUAUCCGAUGGUAGUCGGUCGCCUUCUCCUGGUGACCACUCCCCGGGUAUUAAUUUAGCGAGUUUGCUGAAUAAUCAAAAUAUCGAUAGACUGAACAACCCACGGACGAUAGUCAAUGUUAAUCAGGUAAACAAUCCCAGCGAGGCUCUCGGCAAUGACCUUAGAAAGCUUUCAGAAACAAAAUGUAGUGACCAGUCCCCUUCAAGAGGAACCAUAAGCUCUUUUUCCCGUGGUUCGAGCGCUUACGAAUCGCCAUACUUCAAUGAUACCUUAGAGAAGCUUCGAGAGCUGAAUGACGAUGAGAUCCCUCUGACGGAGGGAAUGAGCCUAAAGGUGUUUGUCGUUGAAGUUGAGAAACUCUUGGAAAAGUUACGUGUUAUUGAAGACAUGAUGAGGGCUUGCAAUGGCGUACACGAUGACGUUAAAGACGAAUUAGCGAGACAUGUGUCAUUAUGCGUGGAGAUGUCCCGCCAGCAAGGACGAAUUGAAGCUAUGAACGCAUUAGCCCAACAGUUUCCCUUCGAAGGUAACAGUAGCCUUAUGAUCAUUAUGGACGAACGGCUCAAAGCUGUCAAUAGCCUGUGGCAAGAUCUUCAAAACCGUGCUGCAUCAAAACAAAGCGAUUUAGAGAGCUAUGUUCACAGUCAACCGCGCGCGAAAGGACGCUUUGAAACAACUGACUUAGACAACUUCAAAGAAAACUUUGCACUUUUACGGUCGUUGAAUCUUAGCAAUGCAAGCGACGAUCUUGUUCCACUCGAGGAAAAUGGUCUGUUUGACUUCAAUCUGGAAAAUGGUGUAGAAGAUGAUAAUUUGGCUGCACAAAUUGAGCUGCAUGAGCUGUUGGAUGGUGUAGCAUCCAUUGAAGAAGCUUUGGUGUCAGAAGAGAUUGUAGAUGGAGAUAUGGCCGUGCUMAAACAACAAUUGGAACACAUACAGGACCUUUUAGGAGAAACUAAACAGCAACAAGCAAGACUAAACGACAUAUUCAUUGGUGCGUCAAACCUCUCGCCAAGUCAAGAGGCCGARCUKAAGAAGCAAACAAGCGACUUGGYAGAACUCAUCCAUGGAAUCAUCAAACUAAUGGUGGCGAAAGUUUUCAACUUACGAACCGCUAUCGAUAAGAUGAGCGAGGUAGAGUCUGUCAUUCUAAGCAGCCAGGAUUUUGAUGAGAAACUUGAGGAGGGUUUGGAACAAAGUGCAGCAAUUGAAAGGACUGUUCGACAGCUUGGUCCUCUUGAUACAGAAAAGAGUUUGGAUUUGGAGCUUCUGAAAUUCUUGAUUCUUCAAUGUUACGCUACCAUGCAUCAAUGCACCAUUGACUUUCUAAACAAGAAUAGCAACAGUGUAUCAAGCCCACAAAAAAAGAACAAACUAACCGAAUUGAACAAGGCUUGGGAUCGACAGCGUCCUCUUAUACAGUCAAGGGAACGCCAUCUUCAAAACCUAGAGCUUCUUCCAAAGCCACCACCACAGGGGCCUGUUGUGUCAGAAAUAGUAGAAGCAGUACAAGAACAGCCUGUCUUUGCACCAAACGAAACGUCGCAGAAUGGAGCUCUAACACCACGCGAUGAGCUAACCCCUAAAACACCUUCUCCAGGAAAAAGACGAUCAGAAGCUGGAGGCUCACCUACUGAACGAAAAUCCCCAAAGACAAGACAAAGGCAAUACGACCGGGAACUGGAAGAAUUCUCCGAGUGGCUUACGGCACAAGAAGCCGUUUUUCACAGUCUCAUUACCGAUGAUGAUGUACCGCCAAAUUUGAAAGCACUAGAGAUGAGAUUACAGCAAUUUCAGUCAUUUUCUCGGAGUAUCGACACAUGUACAUCGCGUCUUGACAUGUUCAAAGAAUACGCAAUACAAGCCAGCGACGAACCAAUAAACCUUGACCGUUACAAUGACCUUAAGAAACUGUCCAACAACAUGCUAGAAGUGUGCAAAGAAAACUCAGAAUGGAUAACGUCUACAGUGCUUCAGUGGAAGUCAUUUGAAGAGUCUUUUUGCAAGCUGAACUCUUGGCUUGAUAGUUUAACGCAGAACUUAGUAUCUACAUUGAGAGAGCUACCAGAAGGAAACAUUGAUGAGGUAGUGCUGAAGGUUAUGAAACUACGCGAACUCGAUAAGAAACUGAAUGAUCGUCAGUCAACACGAGAUGCUGUUGUAUAUGAAGGAGAACAAGUUCUUACUGCUACAGGAAAUCCUGAAUUACAAACCAGCGUAGCUGAUGUGAAAGAACAGUGGCGUGCAAUACGUCACGAAGCCCGUAAUGAACGACAGCGUUUAGAGAAAUUGCUUAAAUUAUGGCGUGAAUAUCAAGGAGGAAUGGAUGAUCUAGUGGACUGGUUAGUCACAGUCCUGCGGCUAAUGCGGGAUGAGGAUAUCAGCGGUUGUAAUCUGAAUAUGGUAGAAUCGCAGCUACAAAACCUUAAGCAAUACCAAACGGACAUAGAAUCACAUCAAGCUACAAAGGAGCGGUUAAACCAAGUUGUGGAAGAGCUUCUAGAGUUCACACGAGGUGACACAAACUUCCUGGUUGAAAGUCAAUCAAGUUUGGAUGGUAACUGGACUGAGUUGUGGGCUUUACUUGAAGACCGUGAGGAAGAACUGAUCAAACAUCGUGCAGAUUUAAUGGUUUUAAGUUUAUUUGAAGAACUUGCCGAACUUGAUUCCUGGUUCACUGAAGCAAUGCGUAUCGCUGACGAACCGCCUGUUGAAAUUGGAAACAAUACAAUGCAAGCAGCGAGCGAACGAUUAAAAAAGUAUAAGGAUAUUUCUAAUGGUCUGGAUGUCAAAGAGGAUUAUCUGAAUAGCCUCACUGAAACUGUGGAGGAGCUUCAAGGUGAUCGCCAUGAUGGCCCUGCAGUUGAGGUUCAAGAUGCUAUCCGAAGACUCGCGCUAACGAGAAGUCGAAUCAUCAGUUCACUUACCGAAAAAGAACAGCAAAUUCAACAUGGAAUUGCACGAUGGAAUGAAUUCCAGACAUUGUACGCUGAACUUAAAACGAUUAACGAGUGGUUUGAAACCAGAGAGGAAGCAAUGAACAGCUAUCAGAAGAUAGUCUCGAAGAAAGGAUUCGCCAUUGCUCUGGAGGAUGUCAAGGCUAUGAAAGGCUUUCUGGUAACUCAGAAACAGUCCGUUGACAAUGUCCUCAACUAUGGCAAGCGUCUUCUCGGCGACCCAUCGAUAAACCAAGAUGAGCUGCAGGAGAGCGUGGAUAGCGUUCAAGACAGAUGGUCAGAGCUUACUACCAAAGUAAAUGAUUAUGAAAUUUGGCUUGAAAGCUCUUUAAAGGCCGUCGAAGACUACGAAUCGUCUGUACUCCAUUUAGAUCAGUUUAUGGAUGAUAUUCAUGAAGCAAUGAAAGUGAACUCAGCCGGUGACAUGGAAGCGUUUGAGGAACAUGUAAGUCAGCUUGAGACUCUGAAUCAAGGGCUCCAAGGUGCUCGAGAGAGACUGGACGAGGUCACCGAAGUUGCCGCUGACUUGGCACGAAAUUGUGAUCCCUCAGUUGCAAACCAUUUUGAAGACAGUGUAAUAGCUGUUUCAGAGCGGUUUUCAUCUACUUCUAAAGAGCUCCAGGAAAAAAUCAAGCAACAACAAGAUUCCCUAGAAUCCUGGAAACAGUUUCGAAGUGGAUGCGCGAACUUGGUUGCUUGGAUCGAGCAACAAGAAGCCUUACUGAAAGAAACUGUGUCGAUGAACGUACCUCUCAACCUCCAACUGCAACACCUUGAAACCUGCCAGGCACUGGAGCAAGAGGUUGAUCUUCACCGUGAACAAAUGUCCACUAUUGACAUACUUGCCAGUAAACUUAAAUCUAAAGUGCCCCGUUCUUCCACAUUCAUCGUUCCCAUCAGAAAUGAAACGGCAAAACGUUUUGAAGAGCUUCAAAUUGACCUAGAAGACAAGACAGCCAGGCUGAACGAAGCCACUCGAGGUUACAUGAAAGUCAAGAAAACGUUUGAUGAGCUUAGCUCGUUACUUGACGACGCUGAAGUCACAGCCGAAACUUGCUCGGUAUUGGAAGCUGACGAAUCUUUUGAAGAACUUCAGAAAUUGUCCUCCGAUGCAAACGACAGCCGAUCAAAACUAGAUGCUUUAAACCGAAGCUUAGAAGAGGGAAUUCUGGGUAAUUCACGUGAUCGCUCCGACACGAUGAACAGACAAAUAUCUGAGCUUGGUAAACGUUGGGAUACGCUGCAGAGUCGGGUCCASUCCAAACUCGACGAUAACAAAAGGGUGGUGGAAAGACGGGACGAGUUCGAAAGAAAAUUUUCAAAGUUGCACAAUCUUCUGGUGUUGAUUGACAAAGAGGGUGACAUUUGGAAACAUGGAAGGGAUGCUUUUGAGGGGAAAAAUGACUCCGCAAUUAUGGAGUUUUAUGACCAAUACGAGCAGUAUCAACGUGAAUUCACCGAAUUAACAUCACUUGCUGAAGAGCUGGACAUCGACCGCGUAAAAGACACUAAAUAUCGAUCAAACCUCGAGGAAAAACUUACACAAAUCAGGCCUUUGUGGAGGAACGCUUGCAGGCUAAUGGAAGAGUACAAGGAGUAUUUCAACAGCCAUAUUAUGAAGAUAGAUGAAUUCCAACGCUUGUGUCAGGAGUUUUUAUAUUGGAUGGAUAGUCUUGAGUCUCGAAGUGGUUUUAACAUUCCUGAAUGUACUAGUAUUAAUCAGAUGAAAGAACACUUCGAAUAUGUCAAGAUGUGUCAGAAUAGUAUUACAGAACAUUUCCCAGAGUACGAAUCUAUAUGUGCCAAAGGUCGACAAAUCGCCGAACGGGGCAAAGGCAAAGUAUCAACAAGCUGUGAGAAAGAAGUGGAGAACAUCAUGAAACGAUGGAAUCUCUUGACCAAUAGGAUUGCCCGUAAUCAACAACAGUUGGAAAGCUCGCUGAAAGAGUGGCAGCAGUAUUCCAUUCAAAUGGAGAACAUUAUGGUCUGGUUGAAAGAGAAAGACAAGGCGUUGAAGAAACCCUUGACGGCAACAAAUGUCGAAGAGUUGCGUCGAGAAAUCGAGAAAUUGAAGGUUAUAGGACGAGAGUUCGAUGAAAGACGACCCCAACUUGAGAAUAUCAACGAACGUGGAGAGAUACUCCGAAAGACCGCUGAUCACAAUGAAUCAGAUCGAUUGCAUAAUCAAAUAUCGUCUCUGUGUUCGCUGUGGCAAAGUGUUUGUCGUACUCUUUCUUCAUCGAUGCAGUCGAUACUCGGUAUAUUGAAACAAGCUGACACCUUCGAAGAGCUUUACAAACAGCUCAUUGAUUGGCUAAGAAAAGUGGAGUCAUCGGUGUCGCGUGAUCUCGAAGACUCGUUCCUUAGUGGUCCAGAUGAUCAGGCCYACACAGUGUUCCAGGUCUACGUGGCCGACAUUGAACGACAUGAAGCAGUUCGCUCAAAAAUGAAUGAAGCGGCAUUUCAUCUAAUCAGUCAUUGGAGUGGUACAGCCUUCACUGAUCACCUGACCACUAAACAAAAGGAAAUCAAUGAUCGCUGGCGCACAUUGUGUCAGCAGUUGGGUGUGACUUACAAGAAAGCAGAGGAAACCAAGUAUGGACUUAAAUUACUGGAGAUCCAGUUGAAGCAGUUGAAUAUGUGGAUGUCUCAAGUUGAAAAUAAACUUAGYGACUACAAUAUUGGUGACGGCUGCGAACUUGCGGAAGUACAGCAGAAAUUUAAAGAAUUGAAGGAAAUGCAGGAAGAUGUGGAAAGGCAUUCAGUCGAUGUUCGCACUGUUUUACGACUAUGUGAGAGACUAGAUCAAGAUCGUGCAGCCUGUUCCACCGACGAAGAUCGUCGAGUGCUUCGUUAUACAAUGCAAAGUUUUGAGUCCCGUUGGGAAAAUGUAAGCAAAACGACGCAAACAAGAAGACGCCAGGCUGAAGAAAGAUUCGCUUUGUGCCGAGAGUUUUGGAACGAGUACCGUAAGUUUGUGGAAUGGUUGAACGAGACGGAGAAAGCUUUGAGUACUGCUAUAUCUCGCAAAGAAGYCACCGGAAGUCCAAGAUCUAAGCUGAAUGUAUACGAGUCUUUUCGUAAAGAUAUAGUACAACACCACACACAGAUGCAAAGAAUCGUUUCAAGGAGCAAGUAUUUCCUACCCGAUAGUCAAAGUGAGGCUGUGAAAAAGCUUCAAGCUGGAGUAAACUCCGCUAAGCAAAGAUGGGAAACCCUAUCAACCAACGUACAGGACUUGGUUACCAAACAGACUAAAGUUACCUCGAAAUCUGAGAAAUUUGAAAUUCUGAAAGACGCAAUAACAGCAUUUGUGACCGAGACAGAACUCACUUUGAUUGGACUCGAUCCAUCAUCAUCAGAAGAUGACCCAAAGAUACAACUAGAAAAAUUGAAGAGUCUUCAAAAAGAUAUCAACAGAAAUUAUCCAAAGCUUAGAGCUUUCCUACACCAAGGAAAGAACCUUCGUGAUAGCUGUUCACCACAGGAAUACCAAAGAAUACAAAAUACCCUAGACGAUAUGAAUUCACGCUGGCAAAAGGCAUUACACAGUUGUAUGACCUGGAUACUGGAUAUUGCUAUUCCAAGCUGUAGUCCAUCAUCGUCACCAGGCUCAACAAGUAGACAACGUCCUGCUUCGUCCUUUUUGUAAACUUAGCUAAAAUAGUGUAUAUAAGAUAAUGCUAUUUCACUAAGCUCAUGUAUAAACUUCACUCUGUCUUCGAGCGAUUCAUAGUACUUAUAUUUCAUCAUACUUUGAAUAUUCCUAGUGUAUACUUUGUCUAAUAUUCGCUACUAUUUACCGUUCGUUAAAAAUGUAUUUCAUCCGCGAUAUAUUGUAUAACAUGUGACAAGAUUGCCCUAUAGCAUAUUGACUUCACAACGUAGUAGGACUGUAGACCUAUUAUUAAUAUUGUCUCCGAAAGAAGAGCUUCAAUUUAUCUAGUUCUGAUAUAUAUUAUAUAUCGAUGAUUGCUCAUGUACAUUUUUUUGAUAUGAAGACAUUUUGAUCUGGCGUUAUUAUGCGAUAGGGCAACUGAAUAUAUAUCUUGUUUUAAAGAUCUUGAGUUUAUUGUUCUAGAAAUGAGAGCAGUUCAAUUGUAGCGUACAUCUGAUGUACGUGCGAGCAUUGUGGCUUCACCCUUUGUCAACCAAUUUUAGAUCACAUUCAGGGUGUCGAUUCACUAAUCUGUGAUUAUGGAUUCGUUAAAAUUAAAUUUAUAGUUAUUCGUAGACGUGUAAUAUAAAUCUGAUGAAAUCUUUUGUAAAUAUACAUUUCUAUUUUUGAUACGUUUAUAUAAAGACAUUUGUAAAGUGGCUCAAAUAUUUAUGAAAUAAAGACAUGUUUGGUUAUAAUCCAUG